UCUUCCUCUCGCACUGUCAGGUAAAGCGAACGACCUUCUGUUCGAUAAUCGGUCGCGACGGAGGAGCUGAGCUCGUCGGUUGAUUAGGGUUUUUGGCCUGACGAAACUCUGCAAGUGCAAUCUGUUGCAGCCAUGUCGAAGAGGAAAUUCGGCUUCGAGGGCUUCGGCAUCAACCGACAGCCGACCUACAACUUCGAGCAGUCGCGGGCUCCUCAGCGGCUCUACGUCCCACCUUCCUCCCGCAGCAACCGCGGCCACGACAACUACGAGGACACCGACCUCGACAACAUCGAGUACGAGGAAUCCGCCGCCGCCGACGCAGCUCCCGGCGGCUCCACCGCCCCGGACGAUGACGAGGUCGACCCCCUUGAUGCCUUCAUGGCGGGGAUCCACGAGGAGAUGAAGGCGGCGCCGCCUCCGAAGCCGACGGAGAAGGCCGAGAGGUUUAGGGACGAUGAUGAAGAGGACGACCCGGUGGAGAGCUUUCUUCGGGCUAAGAAGGACGUGGGGCUCGCGCUUGCUUCCGACGCUCUGAACGCCGGGUAUGACUCCGACGAGGAGGUUUAUGCUGCGGCGAAAGCCGUGGAUGCCGGGAUGCUGGAUUAUGAUUCGGACGAUAACCCUGUCGUCCUCGACAAGCGGAAGAUUGAGCCAAUUCCAGCUCUCGAUCAUAGUGAAGUCGAGUACGAACCCUUCAAUAAGGAUUUCUAUGAAGAGAAGGAGUCCAUUUCAGGGAUGACCGAGCAGGAAGUCACCGAGUAUAGGAAGAGUUUGGCCAUCCGCGUCUCGGGUUUUGACGUUCCGAGGCCUAUCAAGACAUUUGAUGACUGCAGCUUUUCUCCACAGCUAAAGAAUGCCAUUGCAAAACAAGGGUAUGAAAAGCCCACGUCAAUACAGUGCCAAGCUUUGCCGAUCGUACUUUCUGGGAUGGAUAUCAUUGGUAUAGCCAAAACUGGUUCCGGGAAAACUGCGGCUUUUGUGCUUCCCAUGAUUGUCCAUAUUAUGGACCAACCUGAACUUGCAAAAGAAGAGGGUCCUAUUGGAGUCAUUUGUGCACCCACCAGAGAAUUGGCCCAUCAGAUAUAUUUGGAGUGCAAGAAAUUCGCAAAGUCACACGGGAUUCGUGUUUCUGCUGUUUAUGGUGGAAUGUCGAAAUUAGAUCAGUUCAAAGAACUGAAGGCGGGAUGUGAGAUAGUCGUUGCUACUCCAGGUAGACUUAUAGACAUGGUGAAGAUGAAGGCUUUGACGAUGUUGAGGGCAACUUAUUUGGUUCUUGAUGAAGCUGAUAGGAUGUUUGACCUUGGUUUUGAGCCACAAAUCCGGUCCAUUGUCGGUCAGAUUAGGCCAGACCGCCAGACGUUGCUGUUUUCAGCAACAAUGCCUCGCAAGGUCGAGAAGUUGGCAAGAGAAAUUCUCUCUGAUCCCAUUAGAGUCACCGUGGGGGAGGUUGGAAUGGCCAAUGAAGAUAUCACACAGGUUGUCCAUGUGAUCCCUUCUGAUGCUGAGAAACUGCCUUGGCUUGUUGAUAAGCUACCUCCAAUGAUUGAUGAGGGUGAUGUUCUAGUGUUUGCUUCGAAGAAGGCUGCUGUGGACGAGAUUGAAAAACAGUUGGCUCAAAAAGGAUUCAAGGUUGCAGCUCUUCACGGUGACAAGGACCAAGCUUCUAGGAUGGAGAUCUUGCAGAAGUUUAAGUCCGGCAUCUACCAUGUUCUUAUUGCAACUGAUGUGGCUGCUCGAGGCCUUGACAUCAAGUCUAUUAAAUCAGUUGUGAACUUUGACAUUGCGAAAGACAUGGACAUGCAUGUGCAUCGAAUUGGUAGAACAGGUCGUGCGGGUGACAAGGAUGGCACUGCAUACACUCUAGUAACCCACAAGGAAGCCCGCUUUGCAGGGGAACUAGUCAACAGUUUGAUUGCUGCUGGUCAGAAUGUCUCCAUGGAGCUGAUGGAUCUCGCAAUGAAGGAUGGGAGAUUCAGAUCCAAACGCGAGUCAAGAAGAGGUGGGAAGAAGGGUAAGGGAAGGGGAGGUGGAGGGCGAGGUGUCCGUGGGGUGGAUUUUGGUCUGGGCAUAGGGUAUACUCCUGAAGCCAAUAGCACCUCUUCUCACUCCGGUCAGAGUCGGUCUGCAGCUGUGAACUCGUUGAGGACAGGAAUGAUGGCGCAGUUCAAAAGCAGCUUUGUCGCUGCUUCUUCGAAUUCUCAGAACCAAGGCGUGAAUAGCAGUUCGAGUAUGUUUGCAAAUAAGAGAUCAGCUUUGUCUGGGUUUGUAUCUGGUGGUACUAUUGGAGGAGACGUACAGAGAAGCCAGACCACCAGUUCGUCCGGGUUUGUAUCUGGUGGUAUUAUUGGAGGAGACGUACAGAGAAGUCAGACCACUAGUUCGUCGAAUACUCCCACUUCUGGAGUAAAUCCAAGCGGACAAGCUUCGGGUGUAAAUUCGAGCCAGAGGACUUCGGAGAGCAAUAGGGACAGACCCAGAGAAAGGCGUAGGCCAUCUGCCUGGGACCGGUGAGAACUGGAUUCAGCGUGUACUUUUUCAUGGUCUGAAGACCUGUUUGUGUUCAACAUUUUAGGUGGGUAGUUUUACUUACACUCGCGAGAGCUCGUGCACUGACAUGAAUUCUGUCGCCUCUGUACCAAAAGCUGAGUUAAGAUACAUAAUUUCAUGUUAAGUCCAAAUUGAAGGGAUGUCUUACGAGCUUGACUCUUGUUUGUUGUCUUGUAGUUCAUCAUUUUCUUUUCUUCCCUAAUAAGUCUUAUCCAUGUACAGAACUUUUACAAAUUUGUUUUGAGCAUUUGAAAGAGCACAUGAAAUUUGCCCCCAUUCCUCAUU